AUGUACGCACGCGUCCCCGAUCCUCAGGUCGACGUGUUCUGCUCGGAAACUGGGGAAUGGACGAAAUUGGGGCUCAAUCUUGAUGGCGAUUUGAGACGGUCUAGUGUAGCGUGGCUGCACCUCGGAUUUCGAUGGAUGCUCCUAAGGUCGAAUUUCCGGCCGUGGUUUGGGUAUUCCGGCCUCGAAUUCAUCUCUGGCCUACCCGGGUUCCAAGUUUACUUGGCGAUUACGAUGGAAGCCACCGUUGUUGGCUCCGACCGUACACAGUACACAGAUGCUUGCUGA